AUGUGGGAGAACCAGGAAAUGUCUCUUCUGGAGAAGAAGGUGGCAGAGCAGGUUGAGUACUACUUUGGGGACCACAAUCUCCCUCGAGACAAGUUCCUGAAGGAGCAGCUGCAGUUAGAUGAUGGCUGGGUCACUCUGGAGACCAUGCUGAAAUUUAACAGACUGAAGAGUCUCACGUCAGACGCAGCUGUUAUUGUGGAGUCGCUGCAGAAAUCUAAAACCGGUCUGCUGGAGAUCAGCGAGGACAAAACCAAAAUAAGACGAAAUCCCAACAAACCUCUUCCAGAGAACAACGAGGAGUACAGGGACGCGCUCAAACACAAAUCCAUCUACAUGAAAGGUUUUCCGCUUGAAACCACGCUGGAUGAAAUUAAAGAGUGGUUUGCAGAUAAAGGCACAGUUGAGAACAUCUACUUGAGGAAAGGAGUCCAGAAGACUUUCAAAGGAUCGAUCUUUGCGGUUUUAGAGUCUGAAGAAGCCGCCAAGGCUUUUGUGGAGCGCGCAGAUGUUAAAGAGUACAAAGGGAAUGAGAUGAUCGUCAUGAUGAAAGAUGACUAUUUUUCUAAAAAGGUGGCCGAGAGGAAGCAGAAUCGCGUGGAAGCAAAAGCGAAAGCAAAAAGUGAAAAGGAGGACAAGCAGAAACAAGCUGAAGAAGAAGAGCUGAAAUCCCUGAAUGAUCAGAGAGGCUGCCUGCUGAAGUUCUCCGGUGAGCUGGGUCAGACCUCGAGAGAGGAUUUCCACGCGAUCUUCUCAGAUCAUGCUCGGAUCAAAUGGAUUGAUUUCACCAGAGGAGCUAAAGAGGGCACCAUCCUGUUCCACUCGAACGCCCAGGAGGCCCUGCAGAAGGUCCGAGAGGCUCACGGAGGAGAAGAUCCUAAGGUUAAAGAGCAGGUUGUUCAGUGGGAGGUGCUGGAGGGAGACGUAGAAAUGGAGACUCUGAAGAAAAUCAUCGAGGAUCAGCAGGAGUCCAUGAACAAGCGUAAAGGAGGCAGAGGAGGUCACCGGGGUCGUGGAAGAGGCAGGGGAGGACGCAGAGACCGAGGAGGAAGAGAACAGACCCAGUUCAAGGGAAAGAAGACCAAGUUUGAUAGCGAUGAAGAGGGAGAUGAAGAACAAGCCAGUCCAAAGAAGAGACCUCUGGAGUCUAAUGGUCAGGAUAACGAAGAGCCCGCUUCCAAACAAGCAAAAAGCGAGAACGGUUCUUAAGGGCAAAGAACUGCGGCCUUGUUCUUGCACGAUUUUCCCUAAAAUCGAGAAACCUGGAAGAUGCAUUCUCAGACUACGUCCUGUGUCAAAAGAUGCACGAAAGCGCCACACUUUUUUCCCUGAACACACCCUGAAAAAGGCUUUUUUUUUUUUUUUUUUUUUUUUUUUCUUUGAACAAACAUACUGGGUGCCUGGAUGUUGUUUAUUUAUUUGCCCAUACACACACUUAUGAUUGCUGGUAUGAAUCAAGAUCUCAUCUGCAGCUCUAUAAAUGUGUCAUUUUUAAAAUAUAUUCAGCUUAAGCAGUUAGCUGGAAGCGCUUAUAUAACUCUUGAUAUUUUUAAUUGCAUAUUAUAUGUAAUAUACAAAAUAAUAUACUAUAUAUAAACUAUAAUUGCAUUUCUUGAGCGCUGACAGUCUGCAGAAUCUACACCGAUUGUGUUUUGAGCAUAAUCAAAGAGCUGAUUAUCGGUUCUGACAGCAUUUGUUAAAUUCAGUACUGUAUUAUUAUUAUUAUAGAACUGUUUGAGGCCUAUAAGAGAACUUAAGGGUUUUUUUGACAAUGUCAGAAUUUUUAGUAAUAAGUAUUGGUCAAUACUGUUAUUUUCCAUUAACAAAAAACCUGUUUUCCACCUGUUAGAUUAUUCCAUUGCUUUUGUCACUUGCACAAAUGUAACAUAAGACAAUAAGUGUGUGUUAUCCUUGUUUCUUUUUAUACGUUGCUGUAAAGUUGCUUUAAGUGGUUAGAGGCAUGUAGAUCUGGAAAGUUUUCAUUAAGAGGAAUUAGAUUUGACUGAUUUUUUUUUUUAAUCAUAUUUUCUUUAUCACAGGAACAGAAACAUGUCUCUUAAUCUAAAGUGCUGUUUUAGAUGCCAUGCUUUAUAUUUACCCCUUCAGGGCUUCAACAAGCACUCAUUGUUAUUGUUUCCUUAUUUUUUUUACUGUCUGUCAUCUGUUAAGAUGAAUAUUACACAUUUACAAAUUCAAUAAAGAGUCUUGAAAAUCAAAAUAGUA